UCAUCUCCCUGCUUUAUCGGCCCCUGGGGCGCAGCAGCGCGGAGUUGCCGCGGGGGGGCGCGGCAGGCGGGAGGGCGGUCGGUGCCUUCCCCCGCCCCGUCCGCUCCGUCUGCCCCGUCCCGGCUGGUCGCGGCCGCCGCCCGGCGGAGCAGUGCGCAGCAGGUGCCUGUGGGAGACGCAGGGAGCCAGCAUGGCGCAGCCCAGUGCACCCCCUGCCUAUGAUGACAAGAACCCUCUGUACCCCCCACCCCCGGCCGGGUACCCCCAGCCACCCCACUAUGGGGGGUACCCCCAGCCUGGGGGCUACCACCCACAGCCUGGGGGAUACCCCACAGCAGGGGGGUAUGCACAACCAGGGGGGUACCCAGGGGCAGGGGCAUACCCCCAGCCGGGGAUGGCCAUGCCCACCAUGCCUAUGCGGUUUGGUGACAAUGGCAUGGGGGAUGGCUCCCCAUUCCAAUCGGCCGACUGGGAUGACAGGAAAGUCCGGCACACCUUCAUCCGCAAGGUCUAUGCCAUCAUCUCCUUGCAGCUCCUGGUGACAGUGGGGAUCAUCGCCGUGUUCACCUUUGUCCACCCUGUCCGCUCCUUCGUCCAGAGGAACGUCGCCAUCUACUAUGCCUCAUAUGCUGUGUUCCUGGUGACCUACCUGGUGCUUGCCUGCUGCCAGGGUCCCCGGAGACGCUUUCCCUGGAACAUCAUCCUGCUGAGCAUCUUUACGCUGGCCAUGGGGCUGAUGACGGGGACAAUUGCCAGCAUGUACCGCACCAAUGCUGUCCUGAUCGCCAUGCUCAUCACCGCCAUUGUGGCCAUCAUUGUCACCAUCUUCUGCUUCCAGACCAAGGUUGAUUUUACAUCGUGUCCGGGUCUCUUCUGUGUGCUGGGCAUCGUGGUCAUGGUGACCGGGAUCGUCACCGCCAUCGUCCUCUCCUUCAAAUAUGUCCCCUGGCUCCACAUGCUCUAUGCAGCCAUCGGCGCCAUCGCCUUCACCCUGUUCCUUGCCUAUGACACCCAACUUGUGCUGGGGAACAGGAAGAACACAUUAAGCCCUGAGGAGUACAUCUAUGGUGCCCUCACCAUCUACACCGACAUCAUCUACAUCUUCACCUUCAUCCUGCAGAUCGUGGGCCGCGAUUAGCCUGAGACCCCUCCUGUCCCCACCCUGCUGCCCCUCACCCCUUUCUCUGGCCUCUGUACAGGAUAUGGCCACUUACCACAACUCCUAACGCUUUGGCAUCCCUACCCAUAGACUGCUAAGGAAAGGGCUUCCCUUGACCCACCCCCACAAGCCUCCAAGGGUAGCGUGGGGGAACCAGCUGCCUGUGUUUAGGCAGUGCCCAACCUCAGCACUGCUUGCUGAGGCCAUGCUGGCGGUGCCGGGCUGGUAGCAGAGUGCCACGGUCCUGCCUGGGCUCAGGGAGCUCGCAGCAGCACUGGGACUGUGUUGGGAUGUUUCUGGGAGAGUCCGGUCAGUGUCAUUCACUCGGUGCCUUAAACGCGGCUCAGGCCAUGUCCCAUUCCUGAGCUGCGGCAGUGCCCGGUGCGGGCAGGGUGGGGAACCCUGUGGUGGUACUCGUGGCAGAGCUCGUGUUCCCAAGGCCCUGCAGCUGUGGCCGUGGACGAAGUUGCACUUGCUAAAUAAAACACUUUAAUUUUGCA